CACGAAGCCACUGUAUUGAUACAAUAUUCCCAAGAUGCCCAUCUCGCCGGAGCAGGAGCGCAUCCUCCUGAACCAGUACCAUCUCACCUCUCUGUAUCCAACCGAAUGGCCGCAUCAGGACGACGACUCAUCGAGCGACGAUGAACCGCCGCCGGCCUCCAAAUUUGGCCACGCGCGACAGGCUUCAAAGGCUUCAGUCAAUUCGCGUUUUAAGAAGAUCGAUCGUCACGCCAGUCUCAAGAGCAGCAUCAAGACCUCGAGCAGCGAUGUGGGCGUGCAGAAGGACGAGCCAGAUGCGCUGGGCAUGGCGCCGUCCGUGGCUGCAGAGCUACGAAAAAGAGGACUGCCGGUAGAAGAUAAUCUAGCGUUGCGCAAUCGGUUUAUGCUGUCGAGCACGACGUUCAACCCGGCAUUAUACCUAUCGCAGGUGCAUCAGACAGCCAGCACCGACGACCUGCUGCGCGGCCUGGACUUUCUGACUAGAAGUAUCGAGCAGAAAUCAGCCAGCCUGAAGUCGCUGGUCGAGAGUAAUUUUGAGAGAUUUGUACGCGCCAAGGCAACCAUAGACACAGUCUACACCGAGAUGCGGACACAAGGUGUUCAGCCUACCCGCUUGUCGCAGAUGCCUAGUGCCGGUGCAAGUUUAAGGCCACAUUCGCGACAGACGAGCAAAAAUCAAAGCCAUUUCAGGAACACGUCCGGACCUUGGGGCAGUCAGAAUAAGAUUCCCGCUGUUGACAAGAAAAAGAAUGCACUCACGAAAGACUCUGAAUAUGGCGUUCAGGGGAUCAAAAUUCCGCUGCAGGAAGUCGCGAUCAAGGCCGAAGAGGUCUGGGGUCCUGCGUUGGGAGGACGAGAGAAAGAAGAGACGCUGAAGGCUGUCUUGACGACUUUGGACCAGCAUCGUGAUAUCUUCACUCUGAGCGGCACCAUCUACGAGGCAACUAAGAAGACCGAUUACGACUCCGUGGUCGAUGCGUACAAACAGGCCAAGUCACAUGCCGACAAGGCGCGAAAAAUAGCGCAGAUAGCUAAAGACAACAACGUGGAUCUUGGUGACCAGGAUAUCAAUCAGAUUCUGGUGACUGCUCGCAUGUGGCAUGAUGUGUCGGCACAAGUAGAUGAAUUUAAGCAGCAGGUGUGGCGGCGUCUUAGAAACUCUCAUGGCAGGAAGGCCGCUGCUGUGGCCGAUGAAAGUGAUAGAGAGCUUCAUAUGGAGCUGAUCGCUGUUCUGCUGCAACUCGGCGCCGAAGAGAACCCAAUCUGGGUUUGGAUCAACAGCCGCUACCUGUAUCUGAAAGACAAAAUUGCACGAUCAUUCGAGAGAAAUCGGAUCGAGCUCGAGAUACUCCGCCGCAAGUUGGCCGCCACCACGAAAGUCGACCACAUCGCUCUGGCCAAGCAUCUUCGUUCAGCAUCGACUGCGACUGGCACACUCCGCUUGAGUAAGGAAUUCAGCCGUGACCUAGACGCUGCCAAAAUCAUCAUCUUUUGGGACAAGGUGCAGUCUAGCCUCAGCGCCCUACUUUCUCCAGCUAAUGGCAUCUUGGGCGAAGUUCUGGAAUGGUAUAAGGGUGCUCAAGACUUCAUCGACAACAAGGCGCAGAAAUCUUUCCCAAACGGGGUCUUUGCGACGCAAGACUACACCCAUCUCUCAUUAUCCCAGCAGCAUAUUGACUCGAUACGAUCCGAGACACUCGAGAUCGUUGCACUGCUCCGUGAAAGCAUUAAUUCCUUCUUUCAAGAAGCCCCAGUCGACGAUCUAAGCGAACUAUAUAGCCCCAUCCCACCGACACCGGUUACGCCGCAUUCGUCUACUCCGCAGACUUCUGGGAUGCUACGCAGCUUCUCCUUCGAUGCCAAUAAUGUCCCGCCGCCUAGCCCCAAGCGAGGCGAUGCUUGGGAGAAAUUUGCAUUCUGGCCGCCAGGCAGCAACAGUCUUUCUGGAUCACAAUAUCUGGCGAAGACUGUUGCGAUUCUUGGGAACGGCUUUGGGGAAAUGGCGAACUUAGGUAUGAUCAAGAUGUCAAAUGAGCCGGAGAAACUCAAGAAUACACUCGUUGCUGCGCGUGAACGCUGCAUCACUGGAAUCUGUUCUUCUUGGGUGGCCGAUGCUGAAAAAUGCCGCGUGCUCGAAAGCUGGACGCGAAGUCCAGAGCGACGGGAACUGACGCUGAUGCCCAGCUAUUUCGAAGCGUGGGAGGAGCGGGUCCUGACAAAUAUUCAGAAGAUCGCAUAUGUCUCCGACGCAUCAGCUAAAGGCAGUGACGUGACUGUACCGCCGUCUGCCAAGCUUCUGCAAGUUGUUCGCGGGACUUUCGUCAACUCUCUGUACAAGGGCUUGAGUGGUAUGGUAGAGAAUGCCGAGAAGAACAAACUUGACGUUUCUGGCAUUGGAGAAGGUGCGGAUCCCGACGGAGUGACCGUAGCUCGGAAGCGUCUCAUUGACAUCGACGGUCCGGGAGUGCUGGGCACCGAGGCUCUAGACGCGAGCAACCGCAGCGUGCGAAUGCUCAUUACGCUCUCAAAUCUCAACCACCUUCGUAGCGAGGUCAUUCCGCAGCUGAUCUCGCAGUUUGAGUCUGCAUUCAGCGUCAAGCUCACAGAGGAGAGCGCAAAAAUCCGAGAUGCCUUCUCCCAAAUCGACACUCGACUAUUCCAAAGCUACGUCAAGCCAACCGUGGAUAAUCUGAACACUAUCAUCACAAACGGGAUCACCGCUGACGACUGGGAGCCGAAGACGCCGCGGCCUACUGACGCCAGAACUUAUGUGUACGAAGUCCUGAUAGCACUCGUACUGGUUCACGCCGAAGUCACCUCUGCGACAACAAGUGUUUUGACCAAUCAGAUAUUGAGCUAUCUUCUCGAGCAGUGUUCGCUGUCCUUGAUUAAUGCUUUCAAGAUGCGAAAGCACUAUACGCUACCAGCCUUGAUGCAAGCUACCCUUGACGUCGAAUUCAUGGCACAGACGCUCAACAACUAUACCACUGAUAAAGCAGGAGAAGUGCAGUCCCAGAUAUAUUUGGCACUUGACGAGCGGACAGAUAAUGACGCGCGCGCGAAACUACAAGGAGAGCUGCCAGAGAUGCGAGGCAUUCUGAAAAAGCUACGCGAGAGCACCAAAGGCGAGUUCGGGUGCUUCAGGCGUGAGCGCAGAGGUAGACGUGAGGGCGGCAAGGCGUAGGAGUCCUCGAUCGAACACAAUAGCAAUUC